CGUUGUGCCAUUUGGGAAGUGAAAAUUAUAUCGUUUUUUUCAGAAAGGAAUAAACGAAAAUUAUGAACGAAAACUUUGAAAGUUUACUGUACCAAACAAGUAUUUUGUGUAGUAGAUGUUUGUUCGUGAGUUGUGAAAAAAAUAUCAAAAGAAAUCUGUCCGAUAAUGAUUUUGUAUUAUAAUGCAUAGUUUGGGUCCCGAACUCAAAUUUUACCACCAGACGUCAACACUGUACAUUUGUUAUCGCGGAUUACAUUUUGGCGCGCAUUUUUAUUCUCUCAAUAUAAGAAACAGAUAUCUUCAAAAGUAUUUAUAUAAAUGAAAGAAGUUUUCAUAUUUUGAUUGCACAGAAAUGUUUUCUCCGGAAGGAGUGAUACUGGCCCCGAUAGAUGGGGAGGGCUUCAAUUUCCCUUUUUCCCCAUACGAUAGUCAACUGGUGAUGAUGCGCGAUAUUUAUAAGUUGAUUGAAGACGGCAAAAUAGGAAUGUGUGAAAGCCCAACCGGAACCGGUAAAAGCUUGACACUAUCCUGUGCGGUACUGACAUGGCUUAACGAUCACGAGGCGCUAGUUGACAGUGAGAUGAAGCAAAAGAUCGCAAAGUUUGAGGCAGACCUUUCAAAUCCCGUUUUGGAUGAGCGACAUAACUGGUUCUACGAGCAGGCUAAACAGGUGGAAAAUAGGCACAAGUUGGCCGAGAUGAAAGAGAUACAAAUACUGAAAGACGGUUAUGAAAAGCGAUUAAAAGGGUUUAAAGACAAAACUGCUGAAAUAAAAUCGAAGAAGAUCAAACGCAGUCAAAAAGCGGUUGCGGAUAGUUUACUAGAGAAUGAUGGAAAAUCGGAAGACCCUGUCGAUGAUUUCUUGGUAGACGAUAUCGAUGAAGAUGAAGAUGUUCCAAUUGAGGCCGAUCAAAGGAGAUAUAAACCCGUUCAGAUAAUUUUUACUUCGCGAACUCAUUCCCAGCUUGGUCAGGUAGUGAAUGAAAUUAAAAGAACCAAAUUUGCAGAGAACAUAAGAAUUACAGCACUCGCUUCAAGACAAAAUCUUUGUAUCAAUCCAGACGUAAAGAAGUUGGGAUCAAAUGCAUUGAUCAACGAGCGUUGCUUGGAGUUGCAGAAAAAGACAGCAAAGUCGACUUUAGUAGACGAAGACCGAGGCACCAGGAAGAAGCGUAAGGUUACUAAGAAAUGCCCAUUCUACAACCGCGAGGCAAUCGAGGAGCUUGCAAUCGACUCCCUGUAUAAGGUUCAGGACAUCGAGGACCUGGUUACAUCUGGGAAACAGUUGAAGGCCUGCCCAUAUUAUGCUUCCCGGGCUGCUGUGCCCGAUUCGCAGCUGCUUAUGGUACCCUAUCAGAUACUUCUUCACAAGAAAACCCGUGAGCAGACAGGAAUUGAUAUAGCAAAUUCUGUAAUCGUCAUAGACGAAGCCCACAAUUUACUUGACGCAAUUUUGAAUAUCCACAGCCAUGAGAUGACAUUGGAUCAGCUACAAAAGGCUCGUCUACAGAUCGAUGCCUAUAAAACACGCUACUCUUCGAUGCUUUCCGCCUCAAAUUUGCUUAAAAUUAACCAGCUGCUGUUCGUAACCACCCGCCUUUGUAAAUUGCUGGAAGUUCAACCCGACCCGGAAACUACAUACCGGAUAAUAAAGAAUGAUGAUUUGAAGAUAGAGGGAGAUUUUUUGAACAUGAAUCUUCGCGAUAUCCUGGAGUUUGCGGAACGAAUGAGACUGGCUCAGAAGAUUCACGGAUUCGCUCUCAGCGCCCCUCAAAAGUUGACCACGGUGCCGCCGGACAGAAGGUUAGGCGAAAAACAAACAGCUAAGAGCGGUUUGAAAAGUUUUCUCAAACAGCUGGAAAGUAGUCCUGUGGGAAAGAGUACAGAGGAAGUUGCCAAAGCUGAAGAGAAACAAGGUCAUAAUAACGAGGAGAAGGAUGAACCAGUAACCAAUGUUAUCCGGCCUUUAAUUGCGUUUUUGGAAUGUUUGGAGGACAAUGCGGAUAGUGGCCGCGUGUAUCUCUCAUAUAACAGUGACCCCAAGCAGGCUCGCAUAAGAUAUUUCCUGCUGAGUUCAGGGUCAAAAUUCGAUUUACACGUGCACUGUCGGUCGCUAAUACUGGCAGGUGGCACAUUACAACCUAUAGAUGAGAUCGAUACGAAUCUUUUCCACGGUUAUGAAAGCCGGCUUCAAACCUAUUUUUAUCCACAUGUCGCACCCGCGGAAGCUAUCCUACCGAUGGCGAUUGGGAGAGGCCCAUCCGGAAAAGAGCUUAAAUUCGACUUCACCAAUCGCAAGAAAAAAGAUACAUUGAAAGAACUGGCAUCUACUCUGCAGAAUAUUUGCCAAGUGGUUCCGAACGGGGUUGUGUGCUUUUUCACCUCUUACGACUAUUUGGAUUACUUUAUUUCAUACAUCCAAGAGAGUGGUGAUUAUGGGCGUCUGGCUGAAAGGAAAUGCAUUUACCAGGAACAUCGCAGCGGUUUGAAUUCGGACAACAUUCUUGCUGAGUACUCGAGAAAGGCCCGCCAAUGCAACGGUUCGAUGACCGGUGCACUGAUGUUGAGUGUUGUCGGUGGAAAGUUUAGCGAGGGAUUAAACUUUUCCGACGAGCUUGGCCGCUGUGUGAUCGUAGUGGGAAUGCCCUAUCCAAAUCGAGCCGAUCCGGUGCUGAUAGAGAGGGAACGUUUUAUGAACACAAUGAUCAACACGCAUUAUAUAUACUACGAGAAUAUUUGUAUGCGGGCGGUUAAUCAGUGCAUUGGAAGGGCCAUCAGACAUAUCAACGACUAUGCAAGUGUGGUCUUGUUGGAUAUACGCUAUGCUGUUCGUUCAUCCGCUCAAACCGCUCUUCCACAUUUUGUCCGCGAAACAUUGAAAUGCCCUAAGAGUUAUGGUCAGGCGCAUGCGAGCUUUGCGAAGUUUUUCAAGAAAAGAGCAGUAAAAUAAGGACUUCCGCAUUUCGGCGUUUUAUUGCGAUGACGAAUACAUUUUGUUUUUCAAUCACAAAAGUGCUUUGAACGUCAGGAAUAAACUUAUCUCAUUGCGUAAGAUUUGGUGACUCAAACAUUAAAUAGUCAAUAACAACGGCUGUUGUAUCCUUAUCAGAUGUAGGGCAACACGGGGUGAGUUGGACCACCCCAUUAUCUCAAAAAGUACGGCUCAACUUGGAUUUUUUAUAAUGUCAUCUUCUUUCCUUAAUGAACCGUAUGUAACUAACGUGAAAAAACUUUGGUAAAAUUCGACAGGUGGAAGGAAACAUUAGCAUGAACACAGCAAGCAAUUUGAUUAUCAAAAAAUUGAAUUUUCCGAUCGUGGUUUUAAGGUUUUUCCCGCUGAUUAAACACACUUUUCGUGUAUUGUGCAGUAAAGUUCUGUUCGUCUACAGAAGAGGAACAAUUUGAUGCAGCGAAACUGUCGGUUUGAUAUCAAUAAAUGAAAUUAAUUGCAUUUUAAUUUUUGCAUGUUGUGUGGGGUGACAUGGACACGUUUCUGUGGGGUGAAUUGGUCCUACAGAUUUGAGGUUUUUCUUUGGUCUAAUUGAUUCCAGAUGCCGCUGAAUUACAAAAACAGGAUGGGCAGACAACGUUGGAAGAAGGAGGACCUUGAAAGAGUAACGCAGGUCAUCAAGAACGGAUUUUCUUUGACCAAGUAUCGAAAGUGUUUGAAAAUGCUCGAGCAAAACUGAAAAAAUCCAUGCGGAAUUCGAGAUGGUCUCAAUCCAAUUUUUCUGGUCUGGAAUAUGGCCAAGACACCUGGUAUCGAUCCCAGAACAAUGUUACUGAUUGUAACAUUAUUGCAAAAUACUUUACAUAAACAUAAGUAUGUUUUUUUCGAUGAAACACACACUGGACCAAAUUACCCCACAGAUGGUCUAAAUCACCCCGCAUCAAAUUUCAAUGUUCAUAAACCAUCUCUUUUAUUUUAUGAUGUAUUUGGUAGUUUAAAGCUUGAUAUAAUGAUCAAACAUUAUUGAUUGAGAGAAAACAAGGGUAGUUUAGUAUACAAUGUGACAUUUUUUAUUUAGACUGUAUUGGUUUGGAAAUAUUAGGCGAUUUGCUUAGUGGUCCAAAUUCCCCCAUUUUCCCCUAAUAGGGAAUAACUCUAGUUUGAGACUAAUAACCAGAGAAAGAAAUUUAAGCUAAGAGGAGUAAAUAUAAGGAUAAACUGUGAUCUGUGACCAGGGAUGCCAGGGGUUUUUCAAAUGUCU